AUGGUGGCCGAGGCGGCCAAGAAGAAGAUGCCGCAGAAGACGGCGUCGACGCACCGGUCGGCGUUCCUCAGGGGCGUGCACGAGUUCGACAUCGUCGGCUACAGCGUGCGCACGGCGCUCGGCGUCAGCAACUCGGUCCGGUCCGGCGCCUUCGAGGCUGGUGGCCACACCUGGGCUCUCGUCUGCUGCUUCGAACCACGAAAGCUCGAGUCCAUCUGCCUCGAGCUGCUGAGCACCUGCAUCCCCAGCAGGGACGUCGUCGCCAUGGCCAGCCUGAGGAUCGACGACCCGACCGGGGCUGGGCGGUGGCCGGCGGCAGUCUGGCGAUGCCACGAGGCUCACACGUUCCCAGCGUCGUCUUCUGCUUCGAGCAGUUCCAACAGGACCUGGAAGCUGUCGUUGCCCGACGCUUUCAAUGAGGCGCGCCACGUGCACGACGACCGGCUCACCGUCCACUGCACGGUCGAUGCCCUCGAGGAGCACGACGGCGCGCCGGCUAAGACCAGGAGGUGCUUCGUCUCCGCGCCGCCGCCGCCGAGCAUCUCCCAGGAUCUCCACAGGCUCCUGGAGACGGAGGACUCGAGGUGGCCGCCGGACGUGUUCGUCGUCGAGGGGGCCGAGAUCCAGGCGCACAAGCUCGUGCUCUCUGUCUGUUAG